AUAGUUUAUGAAUGAAAAACAUUAAAAAAAAAAAAAAGAAUUUCGAAAUCCGUUUUCAGAAACCGGAGUAAUUUUAAAAAUACGACAAAAACUAAAUUGUACAAUAAAGUUGCAAAUGACUCAUAUAGUUCAAUUGUUUGCAAAAUAAAAUGGUGAAUGAAUAUUUUCUGAGUAUUCACCGAGUAAAAAUAAUCAAAAAAUUGUUAGUAGAGCUCAUAUGAGUACUCAUGGAUGAAUUAUGAGUAAAGUCGUACGCAUAGUAUAAAUACUUUCACUAGGGUGUUUUUCUAGAUAUCCUCAUUUACCAGUAUUAUCAAUAUUGACAAAAAAUAAUCGUUUAAUAUAUCUCCCAAUGGAAUUAUGCGAUGUUGAACCUAUUCGUAGUAAACGUUUGACAACAGAUCAAAUACGAAUUUUGUGUGACAAAGCAUCGAAGCCACCUACUGAAUAUGUACAGAACAUCAUGCAUGUUCGAAAUGUAGAACAAAAUUUUAAUGAUGAUCCAUUUGUCAAAGCAUGGAAUAUUAAUGUUGACCCUCAAAUGCUAAUGAUACCGGCACGUGUGUUAUCAAUGCCCAUAAUUCAGUAUGAUCAAUAUAAGGUACAAAACGGUAGCAAGCCAGGCGUAUGGACGAUGGGAAAUGGUGUCCAAUACAGAAAACCAGCACCAUUUCCGAAAAUAUGGGCAGUGAUCAAUAUGUCACCUAAUCUUCGUGGAAAUGAUGUGAAGAGCUUCUGUAUAGAAUUAAUGAAACGUGCGAUACAACGUGGAAUUAAAAGAUUUUCUUUACCAGCUAUCUAUGAAGAGUGUGGUGAUACAAAUUCAAUUAUAGAAUGCAUCCAAGAAAUGGUGAAAAUAAAUUGUGAUUGUAAAUUUAUAUUUCUUAUACUUCCUGAAUAUAAUGUCCAAUUGUAUCAACUUAUUAAAACAGUUUGUGAAUGUCAACUGGGCAUUAUUACAGGGUUUGUUAUCGAAAAAAAUGUUAAGAAAAAUAUGUAUAAUGGACGAGAAGUAUUCAAUGUACCGGUUAUAGAACAUUUAUUACUCAAACUUAAUUCAAAAUUAGGUGGAAUUAAUUCAAGUGUUAAAACACAUUCUGUUAUUGAAAAGUUUUUUUCUCGUGGUCAUCGUAUUAUGUACGUCGGUAUUGAUUUAAGUUAUCCGGGACCGGGUCUAUUGGAUACUGGUCGAAGAGCGAGUGUGGCUGUUUGUGCAUCAGCUGAUGACAUUCCAUAUCGCUAUUUCAAACAGUUACGUGUACAAUUUUAUCCAGCUAAAUUGAAAAAUGGACAAAGUUUAGAAACAAUUGUCAAUUUAAAAGAAAUAAUGAUAAAAUUAAUUGAAUCAUAUAAUGAAUUAAAUCAUUAUCCGCCAAAUGCAAUUGUCAUCUAUCGUGAUGGAAUAUCAGAUGGCGAAUUUGAUACGAUAUCUUCGAAUGAAUUAGAUGCAAUUCGUCAUGCAUGUUCUAACUUUAGUGAUGCCUAUCGUCCAUCUAUUACAUAUACUGUUGUUCAAAAACGUCAUCACACUCGUUUUUUUAUCGAGAACGAUAAUCGACCAGGUUUUAGCAAUGUGUUAGCUGGUACAGUUAUCGAUUCUCCAGAACUCAUCAGUUCAUCUACAAAGAAUUUUUAUUUAAAUAGUCAUGCUUCACUAAAGGGCACUAAUCGUCCCGGUCAUUAUCAUGUUCUGUAUGAUGACAAUAAUCUGUCAGCUGAUCAGAUACAAAUGUUAACAUAUGCUCUCUGUUAUACGAAUGCUCGUUGUACAAGAUCGGUAUCAAUACCGACUGUAGUAAAAUAUGCUGAUAUGUUGGCUACACGUGCUGCUUUUUAUUCAAAAGACUUUGGAGCGCCAGCACGUGAACCCCAUGAUAAAUCGAUUCAUAGCAUACAAAUCAAUCUAUCUGAUGGAUUAGCCCCUGAUUCAAUAUUUUUCGUUUGA